CUGAGAGUCGUCAAGCGCACGUGAGAACAGGCGGUUCCACAUUAGUUACAGACACAGGUGAACUGUGCAUUUUAAACAAAUUAAAGGUUUAGUCUUCAUACUCGCAGACAUGUCUUCGUUUAGAAAAGCCCUGAAAUCUAAACAGCGGGAUCACAAAGAGCGAUCUCAGCCCGGAUUCAGGAAGAAUUUGGGACUCUUGGAAAAGAAGAAGGACUACAAACUUCGUGCAGAUGACUACCAUCGUAAACAGAAAACCCUCAAUGCCUUGCGUAAAAAGGCAAUGGACAAGAACCCAGAUGAAUUCCACUUUAAAAUGAUACACUCUCAAUUAAAGGAUGGAGUUCAUGUGGCUAAACAAAAAGAGGAAGAGAUGACUGAGGAACAGAAGAAAAUCAUGAGGACUCAAGACAUUAGAUAUGUGGAAAUGAAGAGGGUGGCAGAGGCUAAGAAAAUUGAAAGAUUGAAGUCUGAACUGCAUCUUCUGGAUGCAGAUGGUAAACAGAAAAAUAAGCACACUUUUUUUGUGGACACCAAAAAAGAAGUGGAGGAGUUUGACCUUAUCACACACCUGAACACAGUGCCUGAGCUGGUCGAUCGAGCUUAUAACAGACCUACCCUGGAUACCCUGGUGAACAAGAGCAUUCUGGGAGCUGUGGAACCCAAAACAGUACAGAAACUGGCCAAACAGCGAAAGCUUCAGUAUGAUGAACUGUCUCAGCGUAUUGACCGAGAAAAAAAGAUGUUCAUCAUCAGUCAGAAGAUCCAGACACGCAAAGACCUUCAAGACAAGAACAAGAAAGUGAAGGUGCAGAAGGAGACGACCACUGCUCCUGCUGUUUAUAAAUUUGAGGCCAAGAGGAGAAGAUAAAAGAUCUCCACCAUUAGGAGUUGAUGUAUCCAAGAGAGACUUUGAACUACUGCCCCAGCCCAACUAGUUUGGGGAAGUGGAAGGACAGUAGAUGGGCGAUGUGGUUCUGGACACCCUUUGGGUUUUGGUAGUAACUUAAAGCUUUGAAAAUCUGCUGGUUAUUUUUCUCAUUCUCUAAUAUUUUGUAAAUGGUUUUUCUUGUAGAUGUAACAUACUGAAAUAUUUCUAUAAAAGUUGUGUACUUAUUAAAGCA